GGUAUAAGAAAUAGAUGUAUGGAGACUGAUCUUCUCGGAAUGAAAGGAAAAUUGUGUUGCUGUAACGAUCGCCACUAUUGCAAUUCCGAAUCACUUCAUUUUUCAAUUUUCUUCGUGUUUCUUCUAGUGACCCUUCUGCUCUGAAAAUCAUUUUUCAUGAAAUUAUCGAACAUCGGGUGUGAUAAAUGUUGCUUUAAUUUAAGUGCACGAAUCAAUUAUUUUCAAUAUUUAAAAAACCUCAAUAUUAAAAACCAAUGUGGAACUCACAAUCCGAAAAAUUGUAAUUUGAUCACCACUCAAUGCACUGAUGCUGUUUCAAAUUAAAUAUUCAUAUUUGCACUGUAAAAAUUGUAUAAAAUAUGUAAAUAUUCUGGGUGGAAAUCCGAAAAAAUUGAAAAAGAAAAUAUGUGGCUUUCCACAUUUGACACUAUUCAAAUCUCCUGCAAACCAUGUCAAUAGGCCAUUUAUUUCUUUUGCUUGUUCUUUCUUAUAGUGUAUCAAUGUUCCUGCUUGCAGAAGCUUGUGCCGUUCAGGAAGCUCAAAAAUCACCGGAGAAGCUUGGAGAUGUUGAAACGAAUGGAAAAGACAUUGUAAAGAUGCCAGCAACAAAUUUAACGACUCCAAAUUCCGAUGCAACACCGCCAGUGGUAAAUGAUGAUCAGUCUACUGGAGAAGCAUCAUCUUCAAGAUUCCAGCCAACAACUAUUGCCACAGCAAUUAUGACUUUAAUUUUUUGUAGACUGGUUUAAGUGUUUUCUGAAUGAUUGAAAUGUAACGAUUAAAUAAACUCAAGUUUAGCGU